CAACUUCGAUUUUUACUUCUGCUUGUGCUUAGGUGCCGCAAAUCAAGAUGGCAUCAUGCAUGGGAUGUUUCAGACGAUGUUGUGAUGGAAAUGUUGGUAGUAGUUAUGUUCAGAUGAAAGAACAGCCUUUGGUUUUACUUGAUACAUCACAUAUGGGACAAGAAGUUGUCAUUGUUAAAAAUGGUCAAAGAGUUUGUGGCACCGGUGCUGCAUUAGCAAAUGUUCCAAUUGUACAGAAUAAAGCCUAUUUUGAAAUGAAACUGCAGCAGUCUGGAGUGUGGGGUGUAGGCUUAGCCACCAGGCAUGCAGAUCUGAAUCGAGUACCUCUUGGUCGUGAUCGAGAAUCGUGGGUUUUAACUAGUGAAGGCACAAUUACUCACAAUGGAGAAGUUUUAUAUAAAUUGUCUGACAUGCCUAUGGAAGGGGAUAUUGUGGGUGUCUCGUAUGAUCAUGUGGAAAUUAACUUUUUUGUUAAUGGGAAAAAUUUGAUGUGUCCUGUUACUGGAGCUAAAGGAGAAGUUUUCCCUGUUUUAUAUGUUGAUGAUGGUGCUAUAUUAGAUGCAGCAUUUACAACAUUUACUCAUCAGCCACCAUCAGGAUUUGACAGAAUACUUGUGGAAAAGUCAUUAUUAUAGUGCUUCCCAUUAAAUUUUUUGUUCCUUCUGAAUUAUUAUUAUUAUUAUUAUUUUAAGCACGCUUAGGCAUUUUAACAGUUUAUUUUGGUUUUGAAAUGUGUUUUUGUUUUGAUUUUUAAAGAGAUAUUUUUCGUUGUCAUUAAUUCAAAGUGAAAAAAAUUGACAAAAAGAAAAAAUUUAUUUUCUUAUAUUUAAGAAAAUUGUCUCUACUUUGUACAUAUUUGUACAUUCAUCUUUUUUGUUGUUCUUCUUCUGAAGUUAUAUAUCAUUUGUACUGUAUAUUUUUCAAACUUAACUGUUAUACUAUACAAAGUACAUUUUUAAACUGUACUUUUCCAGUUAGAAUAUGUACAAAAAUUAUAAGCUGACUAAAAAGGCAUGUAAAUUUUGUAAAAAAAAUAUGAAAGAAUCUAACACAUAUAUAUGAAUAUUUAUAACAUUCAACAUUCAUGUUUGAAUAUCAUUUAUGUUUUUGCCAUUUCAAUGUAUUUGUUAAGGUUGGAAAACAUCCCAUGUAUUUGUAGAUGUCACUAAAUGUUAAAUAUAUAUUCAAACUUUAUUCAUUUAUAAUAAAACUGAUAAAAACAUUA